AUAUUAAAAAAUGAAGCAAGCUUGGACGAAACCAGAACUAUAUGAAUUCAUCCUGAACACUGGCUGUAGGAUUUCAGAGACCAAAAACAACCUUAGAGAAGAAACUAAGGAGAAGAUUGGAAGAUUAGCAGUGAUGCUCUCUUCACAAGAGCAAGGAGAGCUUAUGAAGCUUCUUGUAGCCAUCUCUGGAGCCAAGAAAGGCAUAGAAGUCGGUGUCUUCACUGGGUAUUCAGCCCUCUGCCUCGCAGAAGGUCUCCCAGAGGAUGGCAAACUCUACGCUCUUGAUGUCAGCGAAGAAUGGACCUCUAUUGGUCAAAAGUACUGGGAAGAGGCAGGAGUUGCAGAUAAGAUCGAGCUCAUUCUAGCCCCAGCCAUUGAAACUCUUGAUGGAUUCAUUGCAGACGAAGAACAAGUGGAGACCUUCGAUUUUGCAUUCAUUGAUGCUGAUAAGGUAAACUAUCCAGAUUACUAUGAAAAGUUGAUUACUCUUUUGAAGCCAAAUGGAUUCAUCAUUGUUGACAAUGUUUUAUGGGGUGGAAGCGUGGUUGAAGAUCCUAGCACAUUUGAUGAAGAUACAGCUGCAUUGAGAAAGCUUUCAGCCAUAGUGAGAGAGGAUGAGAGAGUCGAGCAUGUCAUGCUACCAAUUGCUGAUGGAGUUACAAUAAUCAGAAAGAAAUAG